AUGACCGACUUCACAGGAUGGGCACAAGCGUCACCACUGACUGCGGUGGCUAAAGAUCCGGCACCAGCUCCGGCACCAGCUCCGGCACCAGCUCCGGCACCAGCUCCGGCACCAGCUCCUGCCUGCGCACCCGUUUCGCUUGUCAGACGUGGCGAUGACCAGAAAACGGUUUUGUUCAUUCUCGACGGUUCUAUAUCGGUUACCGCAUCGGGAUGGAGAAAGCUCGACUAUUGCGCCAAUGGUCAGCAUCGCCAAGCGCUAAACAAAUUUGAUCUAUCAGGAGAUCUACUUUUCCCCGAUCGCUACGCAUAUUUCAAAGUCAAGGGAAGCUAA